AGAGGUCGCUGUCCAGUGUCGGCUUGCAGUCUGCGUCUGUCGUCGUCAUGGGGUCCGUGUCCAAGUUUGAUAUUGUGGGCAACCUUCCACCCGAGAUAGGAAUAUUAAUUUUCAGGCAGCUGGAAAAAGAAUCGCUGUGGGCCGCGAGUCGGGUGAGCAGACGUUGGGCCGAGCUGUGCAGUUCGGACAAGAUGUUGCAGCAGAAGCUUGCCGAGUGGGAGACCCUGCGCCCUCGCAACAAAAAAAUACGUAGCCUCAAAGAGUUGCUGAGCAUCCAGAAGAAGUUGCUGUGCCUCCAGCGGCUGAUGGCGCGUCUCGAGAGAUCGUCGGAGUCGUCGGGCCAAUUUUGAUGUCUCCUUUCUUCGAAAUUUUAAUAAUAGAACCGUACAGUGAUUUUGCCACAUUUCAUUCUCAAAAGUUUCGACAUGUUCAGUGAGUCUUGUAUGUUGUCUUACUGAGUGAAAUUACCA